AUGGAGUCUUUCAGAAUUAAAGUAAACUACGUAAAAUCGAAACAAGAAUAUCCAAAAGAAUUGAUAUACGAUUUAAUUAAGUAAGAUAUAAAAAAAAUAUAUAUGUCUAGAGUAGAAUUUAAAGAUGAAUUAAUUGAUGAGCCAGGAACAACUAGUACUUAUGAUGGGUCUUUUUUUUCCUUUAAAAUAUAACUUGAAAAAAAUAUUAAUCCUACUAUAUUCUUAACAUAAUUAAGAGAUAUAUGCCUAAAAUAUAACUUUAUUUCAAGUUAAUCCAGAAAGAAUUAUUAAUAAUACAAAUAAUUUGAAUUAAUUGUUUGUUACAUAAAUUGCUAUGAAAAUAAUAAAAGUGUUGAGUAGUUAAAAAAUAUAAAUUCUUCACUUAAUAAUAGUUUUCAAAGUUAAAAUAAUUCUUAAUAAUCUAAAUAACUUGGAUAAUAAUAACAAAAAAUAAUUAAAUUUGAGAGUCAGAACAACAAUAGCAAUCAUGAAUUAUUUUUAGGAUAGUAAAUAUUAAAUUAAUAAAUAUCGAUAGAGAAUGAUUAACUUGAUUAAAUAUUUGAAUAAAUAGAUAUAUCUGAUUUAAAAACUCAAAUUAAUGCUUUACAAUAAAAAAAUGCUUAAUUAGAAAAUAGUUAGACAUAAGCAUAAAUUAUUAUAAAUGAUUAAACUGAAAAAACUUAAAAAUUAUUAUCAACUUAAAAUGAACUGACUGAAAAUUAAAAUUAAUUGAAAAAAUAAUUGAUAAAUUUUGAAACCAAUAAAAAAUAAUUUGAGGAAUAAAUGUAAGCUAAUGAAAAAAAGAACUUAGACAAUUAUAAAGAAUUAGACUCAAAAAUAUAUUUACUAAAAGUGGAAUAUGAUUAAUAGAUAGAAUAAAUAAUUAACAUUAACACUUCUAGUUAAGAAUCUUCCAAAAUCUAACUUAAAUAAUUUGAAUCAACAGUAGAUAACAUAAAAUAAUAACUGGAAGAAUAGAAUUAGAGUAUAUAAAAUAUCAAAUAAGUGCUUAACUAAUUGCAACAAAAUUAAAUCAAUUAUGAAUAAUCUAUAAACAAGCUGUAAGAAACAAUUUAAUUGUUAUAGGAAAAAAAGAGUUUAGGUUCAAAUGAAAAUAAAAGCUUAACAAAUAGUGUUAUCUCAGAUUAAGAUAAUUUGAAAACCUAAAGUAGCUAAAACAAACUGGAGUUAGAUUUAGAUGAAAAAUAAAUUGAAACCCUAAAUGAAUUAUUAUCUCAACUAAAAUAAACAGUAUUUUAAAGUGUAAAUUUCAUCUCAAGAAGUGCUUUUAAAAUGCCUUUAAAACUUAUUUCUUUCUUUUCGCCAUUUAAUUUAGCAAAAAAGGCUCUAAGCAUACUUAGCUGA